GUUCAGGUGACAGACGCACUUCAAACCGUCCAAGAACAGCCAAAAACUUCAGUUUUGAAUGAGAAUACUUGCAGAACUAUCCGCAGAGAUCUUAUUUAGAAGAAAGAACCACCAGAGCUUUCCAAAGAGCCCUUCUCCAAAUGCCGUCCGCUGCGCGGAUGAGAGAAGAGGAGGGAAUGGGAUUUAUUUACAAGCUGGAGUCUAGUUCUCCUGUCGGGGUUGAAUGAAUUGAUAUACUCAGACAAAAUAUUAAUUUUAACAACAGAGGGAAGGCAGAAGACAGCUCGGGGCAGAAUAAGAAGAGCGAGAGAGUGACUGUCACUGGAUGCUGUAUGAGGUGUCGUGCGAGCGGGCGCUUCGUGAGGGGCGAUGGAGAUGCUGAUGGACUGGAGACCUCCAACAUUUUUGCUUCUCACCUUGCUGUGGUUGUUUCCAGGUGACUCUCAGCGGGUCGAGAUGCCACGGAAAAACAUGGAGGUAAUCAUGGGACAAAUGGUCGUUCUGGAGGCUUGGUACACCCCCACUACCUCCAUAGAGAAGAACGCGGUCAUCUGGACCUUCAUGGCCAAUGACUCCAAACAAGUCAUCUCCUACUUCUCGGGACAGAUUGGCAUCGGUAGCACUGACUUUCGAAGGCGGGUGGGUUUUGCCAUGUCGAUGCCCUCUGCCAAUCUGUCUAUUUACAUCAAUAACACGCAGGAGUCUGACUCUGGGCGCUAUCACUGCCACGUCAUCAUUCCUGGAGCUCCAGGCCUGUCUGGAGAGCUACACCUGAAUGUUAAAGUUCCUCCAUCCACGCCUGUAUGCUCUAUGACAGGAAAUCCUGUACUGAGUGGCAACGUAACACUGAGCUGUAAAUCCAGCUACGGCAAACCUGUUCCACAGUACAAAUGGACCAAAGCAGCUCCUCUUACUGAAGUCUUCUUCUCUCCCAUGCAAAAUGAGAGACAAGGCACCCUUCGACUUAGCAACCUCACCAAAAGCAUGUCCGGCAAGUAUGUUUGCCGCGCCAGCAACACGGCUGGGACUGACAGCUGCCACAUCAAUCUAGAAGUCUCCACCCCUAACAAUUCCUGGGUGAUCGCCGGAGCCACGGUGGGCUCUGUGGUUGGUCUAAUGGCUCUAGUUUUAUUCCUGAUCUUUAUCCUGAGGAGAAACCAUGACACUGAGGAAGAGAUGGCCAAUGAUAUCAAGGAAGACGCACAAGCUCCAAAACGCGUCUCCUGGGCUAAAAGCGGCACAGGAUCGGACAUCAUAUCAAAGAACGGCACAUUGUCCUCAAUAGCCACCAGCCCUCCUGCACAGGACCCUCAGCAUCCACUUCAAAACAAUCAUUACCCAUACCCUCCGGGUGCCUCGGACACUGCCUCCAUCCUCACCACCUCUGGUAGCACAACUACCUACCGCCUUCGCCCAGGGGAGCCCAACCCACUACACGGCCUACCUGGAUACAACGGCAGCAGCACACCAAAUCACACACACCGUCACCACAAUCGCCAUCACACUCCCGCAGUCCUCAAUCCCAACAGCUGCUCCACACAGAGGACUGAAGGGCUGCAGCCACAGCCACAGACCCCGCGCCCGCUCAACAUGCCUAUAAACUCUGCCACCCUGUCCCGCAUGGGGGCCGUACCCAUCAUGGUGCCCACCCAGAACCACGCCGGGUCACUGGUGUAACGGCCCUCAAGACAAUGUACUAAAGACAAGCCAAGCGUAUGUGGGGAAGGGUUUCCACAAAGGUUGCGAUAAAUAUGAACUUAUAAACCUUUUAUUAAAAUACAAUAAAAUGUAGUUACAUGUCAAAAAACACCUUUGAUUUGUUUUUAAAGUAUUACAUGUUUUUUAAUAAGAUUAAAGGGAUAGUAAAACUAAAAAUGAAAAUUACCCCAUGAUUCCUCUUUCAAAAUACAAUCUUAGUUAUAUUAAAAAAUUCAUGGCUCUUCCAAGCUUUAUAAUGGCAGUGAAUGGCUGUUGAGAUUUUGAAGUGCAAAAAAGUGCAUUCAUCUAUCAUAAAAUAUAUUCCCAGUGCCCUUGGGGGGUUAAUAAAGGCCUUCUGAAGCAAGUCAAUGCGAUUGUGUGUAAAAAAAAAAAACAUCUGCUGGACCACCGCUCUCUUAUGAUCGACAGUUAGCGGAUGCUAGAGAUUAUGGUUAAUAAAGUUUUAAAUAUGGAUAUUUUACUUAAACGCAUUGAUUUGCUUCAGAAGGCCUUUAUUAACCCCUCGAAGCUGUGUGGAGCACUUUUUAUGAUGGAUGGUGCAAUUUUUUGCACUUCAAAUUCUCAACAGCCAUUCACUGCCAUUAUAAAGCUUGGAAGAGCCAUGACUCUGAUUGUAUUCGUCUGAAAAAAGAAAGUCAUAUACACCUAGAAUGAUAAAACAUGGGAUAAUUUACAUUUUUGGGUGAACUAUAACUUUUAAAAUCUGUGUUUUGAUGCCUAAACAUUCUGUGAAGUUCUUCUCGUCAUCUUUUCGAACCAUUACGCUGACCGAGAACAGUAUUUUUCAUUUAUUUUGUCAGUUUUACAGCGUGUUAUACAUUAUGAUGGGAUGCAGACGUCCACUUUUUGUAACAGUUGUGUUUAUGGAUUCAGAUUUGUCCAGUAAUUUAGACAUUCAGUGAAAUAUAUGACAAUAAUCUUUAGCAUCAGCUAUUGUGCCUCUUGUGCCUCCGUUUCUCUCAGGAGUUUUUGCUUUUUCUGUCAAGCUGUUGACAGUUUACUGAAGCAGAGAAGGUUUUGUUUCAAAUGUAACAUUUUUGACCAUUCAGAGGAGUUUACAGAGGAAUGCUUUUAAAGUAGGAAAUAAAAUGAAAGCCCAUGAAAAUGUCUUAAAAUGUCUAAUGAUUUGUCUCAUGCUUGUUUACUGGAGCGGGAAGGACUCUUGAUUUGUAAAACAUGUGAUCAAGUUACAUGGAAGUGUUCAUUUAUUCAUUCAUGUGUUCAUAAUAAUGUACGAAAUACUAGCCUUGUGCUUUAAUGACUUGAAUAUUGGAAGCAAUGUUUUAUGGUUUUUGAUAUUAGUGUUCAUGGUGAAUGUUAUUGUGAGUAUUCUGGUUUAUUCUGUAAUUAGGCCUUUUUCCACUCAUUUUGUUAUGUUCAAUUUGGCAUUAUUUGAAAUUGAAAGCAUUACAGUAUCUGCCCACAUGAUGGAAGCAGAGAGGUAAGAAACAAGUGGAAAAUGCCUCAGUGAGGUUCAAAUGUUCAAGUGGUGGUACUUGUUUUGAAUGCUUACCAUAAUGUUCUUCUUAUUAAACCAAUACA